AUGGCUGAACCAGCGGAGUCUACACAAUCAACAACAACAAGCACGGUGCAAAAUGACACGGGCAACAAUAAUGAACGUGCGGCUCCAAGAAGACGACGUAGCUCUCACAAGAACCCCAAACCAAAGGCCCCUUCUGGUGACAACUCGUUUCGUUUCUUCGUGGUCGAUCACCCUACCAAACUGAAAGACAAAGCUCAAAUGAGACAGAACCGUCAACAUGUCAUGCACGACUACCUCGACAAGGAGCGCAAGAAGCCAGGGAGCACAGAUGCUCGGGUCACUGGCAACAGUGGCACGGCUAGGAAACGCAAGCGGCUCAAUCCAAGUUUACCAGGCACUUCGGACAACCCGAGGGCGCCUGCGACCAUCUUUGCGACGAGGGGCAUCUCCGUGUCUUCAGGGAGCACAGAAGGGUCUAGGCGAUCAGCGAGCGUAUCAUCACCCAUUGAGGAAGUUGAGGAGCCGAGAACUAGUAGGCCCAAGAGCACGCCUCGACGAAGUAUCAGGUUCGCGGACGAUAUCACACCGUUGGUCAAGGGCAUUUCUGGCGGCUUCAACAACUCUCGAUACCUGCGGACUUCCCCGUACGACUUUCCUCCCAUAUCCAGCUACAUAGGCUCGAAUCUGAACCCCUUCGAUACCUGGGCCAAGUUUUCGGAUCCACUACUAGACGUAGAACAACUGAAGUGGAGCUGCUCACGAAAGUUCGGCAGUCAGGGCAUCUCACAACAUUGGGUGCCGACUCUGCUGAAGGCCAAGCAUGCCUUCCUCAGCACAGUUUGCAUCUCCUCCUCACAUGAUGACAUCAUGCGAAGGGGCAUACAAGCGCCGCACGAAAGGACACCGUAUCAAUCAACGGAUCGCAUGAAGGUCAGGGGCGAAGUUAUUGCCAUGAUCAAUCACGCCUUGCAGGAUCCCGACCUGCAGACUGCGGAUGCUACGAUUGUAUCGGUUCUUCAUCUGCUGAACAGCGAAAUCAUGGGAUGCGAUGAUACGGUCAUGAUGAUACAUCAACAAGGCCUCCACGAUAUGAUUAGAUCAAGAGGUGGACUGGAGGAGCUGGGCAUUGACGGCCAGUUGGCAUCGAUUUUGACGAUCACAAUGUACAUGAUCUCAGCCUUGCGAGAAACCGAACCUCACACCGACUUCGUCAAGUACGCAUCACAGAAACGAACGAAGCCACCAGACGACUACCGCAAGCUCCCCGAGUCACCAGUCUACUGCAGAAUGACAGGCUACUACACCAUCAACCGGGCAGUCGCCCAAGGCAGCCCAACCUGGACUCUCCUCGAAGACCUCCGACUCCUCACCAACAGCUUCGUGCGAGGAUCAGGCUCUUCCUUCGUAAGCCCCUUGACCCCAAUCCGAGUCAACGCCUCCUGGGAACAAUGCCAAAACAGCGUCUCCUCCCUCCGCGACAAAAUCUUCGCCACGAAACCCGCGAGAGAGCAUCUCGGCGAUUUCAAAGACAUGAGCGAGAAAUACACAUUCGAAGCCAUCCGUCUUAUAGGCCGCGUCUAUGCCCACGCCUUGGCAAACGAAAUCCCCUUUUCGAAAGCAGCUGCAGAGUUAGGGGGAUAUAACACCUACACACCCACUCCGCCGACGUACCCGUGCAGUAUCUCGACGGGUUCGCCGGAGGACUAUGGGGCCAUGAGCUGGCACAUCCUGAUCAAAGCAUCUCUCGUGAGGACUGACUUGAGCGAUUGCUGGGGCCACAUGGCAGGCGUCCUGUACUGGGUCGCCAUCAUCGCCGGCGCCUGCGCGAAUCCAGACUCACCCAACAACAAACCUCGCCGAGAGCUCAGCGAGGAGGAAGAAGAAGGGCGGAAAUGGCUAGCCGCUAUCGCCGUUCGCUGCUCGAUCUUACUGAGCUUCGAAUACGGCGGCGCGAUUCUCGAGAUGCUCAAACGGCUGGUUGGGAUCGAGCAGGUGCUUGCCAAAGCCGACGCGGAUAGGAGGGGCGCGGAGGUGGAGCCUGUGGUGAUAGGCGGCGUGCCUGUCGAGGAUAGAUUCGAGAGCGAGAGGGCGGGACCGGUGGAAGUUCCGUUCGUGCAGAGGACGUUUCAGGAUUUCGCGGCGGAUUUCAUGAGUGGAUGUUAA